AUGGAUUACUCUGCCAUGGGGGAACAAGAACCUGCCCCCCACUAUUUGGAGCCUCCCCACUUGCAAGCCAAUGAGGAUUCUGAGCUCUUCUUUCCUGGUUCAGAGGGUGUGGAUUCUGGGGCACUGCCCGCAUAUUUCUCUCGGAUAUCCGAAUCCUACAGAACUUCUCCAGUGCGGCAAUUGUAUCCGGUCCUCAAUGGUUUGCAAUGGGCGGACGGACACCCUUACGGCAUGGCAGCGUGGGCCUCUAGCUCAUCUGGGAAACUUUCCACUGGUUUUCCGACCUACACCUCUGCUUCUUCGUCGUACCAGCCCCUCCAAAGCCCUCCUUCACCCAAGGACCUGACCCCCGAAGACAAGGGGAGCCCCAGAUUCCUGGAGAUGUUGAAGACGGAGAGGAUGAGUCCCACCACCCACACUGAACUGCAGCCACUGGGUACUUCAGCUGGACCAGUCCAUACCCCUUACACUAUGGGGCAGGAGUAUGGAUACUUCCAACCAGCUGGGAGUCCCCUGACAGCUCGAUACUCCCCCAAACUGCGGGGGGCAAUGCAGCUCUCCCCCAAUGAGGCCCGCGAGUGUGUGAACUGUGGGGCCACGGCCACGCCCCUGUGGCGAAGAGAUGGCACCGGCCACUAUCUCUGUAACGCUUGUGGACUCUAUCACAAGAUGAAUGGGCAGAACCGGCCCCUCAUCCGGCCCAAGAAGCGCCUGGUGAAUCGUCCCCUGGCGAUGCGCAAGGACGGCAUCCAGACGCGGAAUCGUAAGGUCUCCUCGGCCAAGUCCAAGAAGCGCAAGGCAAAUUCUGGGGACGUGGCGAUGGCCUUGACCCCCUCCUUAGAGCUCCUGCCGCCUCCCCUGAUGGGAGAUGAAGCCGCUGCCCUCUAUGCCUUCAACCCCAUGAUGCUGUCAGGACAUCUACACCCUUUUGGACCCAAUCCGCAUCGCCUAGGGCCUCCCUCUGGCUUUCCUCCCCAGCCUUCUCCUGCCCCGCACAGCUCCCCCGGGGUCAUCUCUGCACUGGUGUAA